AUGAAGUCCGUGUUGGACGCUGUGGCCGACACCACCUUCCGGACUAUCACCUCUGGUUUACAAUACCUCGGCUCCAAUGACGCCAACUACGACGAGCCUGUCAGCGAUGUGGAUUUCAAGGGUGUCUUCUCCGUCCAGAAGCCCCUGUCCUCCUUCCGCAGCAAUGCCUUCCCCGACAAGAUCCCCCCGGACGAGGAGCUGAUCCUCAGGGGCUUCUACCCGACCAACGCCACGGAGCUCCUAUCCAACCGGAGCACGUUCCGGGAUGAGGGCAACAACAUUCAAUGUGGGGAGAACUUCAUGGACAUGGAGUGCUUCAUGAUCCUGACGCCCAGCCAACAGCUGGCCGUGGCUGUCAUGUCACUCACCCUGGGUACCUUCACGGUCUUGGAGAACCUGGUGGUGCUUUGCGUGAUCUUGCAGUCGCGCACCCUCCGCUGCAGGCCCUCCUACCACUUCAUUGGCAGCCUGGCCGUGGCCGACUUACUGGGAAGCGUCAUUUUUGUCUACAGCUUCUUGGACUUCCAUGUAUUCCACCGGAAGGACAGCCCCAACGUGUUCCUCUUCAAGCUGGGCGGCGUCACGGCGUCGUUCACCGCCUCAGUGGGCAGCCUCUUCCUCACCGCCAUCGACCGAUACAUCUCCAUCCACCGACCUUUGGCCUAUAGGCGCAUCGUGACCCGGACCAAGGCGGUCAUCGCCUUUUGCAUGAUGUGGACCAUCUCCAUCGUCAUUGCCGUGCUACCUCUGCUGGGCUGGAACUGCAAACGCCUCAAGUCCGUGUGUUCCGACAUAUUUCCCCUGAUCGAUGAGAACUACCUGCUCUUCUGGAUCGGGGUGACCAGCGUGCUGGUUCUUUUCAUCAUCUACGCCUACAUCUACAUCCUGUGGAAAGCACACCACCACGCCGUGCGCAUGCUGAGCCGCACUUCGCAGAAGAGCCUGGUGGUGUACUCUGCAGACGGCACCAAGGUGCAGACCACGCGCCCUGAGCAGGCCCGCAUGGACAUCCGCCUGGCCAAGACCCUGGUGCUCAUCCUGGCUGUGCUGGUCAUCUGCUGGGGUCCUGUGCUGGCCAUCAUGGUCUAUGACCUCUUCUGGAGGAUGGACGACGACAUCAAGACGGUGUUCGCGUUCUGUAGCAUGCUCUGCCUGCUCAACUCCACCGUCAACCCCAUUAUCUACGCCCUGAGGAGCAAGGACCUAAGACACGCCUUCCUCAGCUCGUGCCACGCCUGCAGGGGCAGCGGUCAGCAACUGGACAACAGCCUGGAGUCGGACUGCCAGAACCGCAACGCCAACAUCUCAGCCAACAGGGCUGCUGAGAGCUGCGUGAAGACCACUGUGAAAAUAGCCAAAGUAACAAUGUCCGUGUCCACAGAGACUUCUGCGGAAGCUGUCUAA